AUGACGGUAAAAGAUCCUAGCCUAGAUGAAAUUGUAGCGUGUUGCAUCAGAUUAUAUACAGAUAAGACCUUUUUAUGCUAUGGAGCGAAUAAAGCACUUCGAAAAGGAGAUCUAAGUAAAGUGGACACAUUUGAUGCAUAUUGUUAUUUUUUAAGUUUAAUGAACGAUAUAAAAUCAUUAAUAUCAAAGUGCCAUAUGCAAACUGUUUAUCGAAGUAUGACACUUGCAUCGGACGAAAUCGAAAUGUACCAAUCAAGUGUAGGUACAUACAAGGCAUGGGAGAAAUUUUCAUCCACAAGUAAAGUACGUUCAGAAGCUGAAAAUUUCGGUCCAGUUUUAUUUAUCAUACUUUGUUUUGGUCAUUUACGACACGACUGCGGAAUUGACAUCAGCUCGCUUUCAAAAUUUCAUGACGAAAAAGAGAUUUUACCGCAGCCAGGUACAAAUUUUCGUGUCGAUAAAAUGAAAUAUGAUGAAGAAACAACGCGGUAUCGAUUCUAUUUGACGGUUGUCUAA